AUGUCCUCAGACUCUCGCACGGUCGUCAUAACAGGCUGUUCGGACAACUCCCUGGGCUCUGCGCUCGCCCUCGCUCUACACAACCACGGUGGCUGGCAAGUCUUCGCAACCGCGCGCGACAAAGCGCACAUGAAAGCCUUAUCUUUCGCCGGGAUUGUAAUAUUGACACUCGACGUCAUUAGUCCAGACUCUAUCUCCGCCUUGGUGAACGAUAUUUCCAACCUGACGAAUGGAACUCUCAACCUUCUUAUUAACAGCGUGGGCGGCGGACACUACCAGCCUUUCCUGCAUCUCGACCUUUCUAAGGCAAAAGCGUUGUUUGAUGUCAACGUAUGGGGGUAUAUUGCCGUUACGCAGGCUUUCCUGCCGCUACUUCUGGCCGCAGCAACAUCGGGGAAGGAAGGAAGGAAGAGCGUGAUCGUUAACAACACGAGUAUCUCGAGUGUGUUAAGGACGCCGUUCCACGCCGCGUACUCCGCUUCCAAGGCUGCAAUGGCGAUGUUCAACGAUAUCCAAAGAGUUGAAUUGGCGCCGCUCGGCAUCCACGUCGUUGACCUCAAGACUGGGUCAUUAGAGUCUAAUUUUGGGGAGAACAAGAGUAAUCCGUACGAGCUACCGGUGGACUCGCCGUACCAACCAAUCAAAGAAGAAGUAAUGAAAGUGGUGACGGGUCAGAAGACAGAGGAGUAUGCUGAAGACCGUGAGGCUUGGGCAAAAAAUGUGGUGCAAGAUCUGUCGAAGAACCCUGAUGAUCCGCCGGAGCAGAUCUGGAGGGGCGGCAUGGCGGGGACGAUUAGUGCGACGAGCAAAUUGGACGAUAUGUUGCCUACUAAAUUAACAGAUGGGAGUUUUCAGUGUCUUGGCGGACUGGAUAAGCUGGGUAAAGAAAAGUCGGAGAGGGAGUAG